AUGACUUUUUCAACAAAAUCCUCAUUAUGGAAUGAUAUUGAAUUAAAAAGUAUUUUAUCAUAUAAAACAAUAUCAUCAAUUCAAUCAAAUAUAAAUAAUUCCUUAUCACCAAUAAAUAAUUUAACUCCAAUGUUUAUUCAAUCAUCAAAUAUAACAAAUGUAUCAAGAAAAUUAUUUCAAUCGAAUACAACAGAUCAAUUUACAGUAAAAUUUAUUAUUUGA